CCUAACUCCAAGAAGACAAAGAGGCACCUCCCUCGUGUCAACAGCCCCCAGAUUCCUCCCGACAAACACCACCACCCCCACAGUGACCCCCGACCUUGGCCUUUCAAAGACAAAUCCUCAUAAUGUGGCUCCACAUCGCUCCCCGGCCUUCGCCCGCGUGUGCCCUUUCUCUGCUCUCUCCCGUCCCCAGAGCCUGAUUCUGUUAAUAUCCAUGAGACCCAUACGGCCACUCCGGCGCCGACAUCAUGCCAUACGACCCGCUGGCCUGCGCGGUGAUCUGCAUUGUGCUGUAUGCGAUAUCGGUGGUCUCGGUUGUCCUGCGCUUCUAUGUCAGGUUUUAUCUGUUGAACAAUACCUCGACCGAUGAUUAUCUUGCGGCAGGUGCGGCGAUUGUGUAUACGGGCUUCUCGCUAAGCUACAUCCUCGGCGUCCUGGUCUACGGCGUUGGGCGAUAUAGCUCGGAGGUUUCGCCUGGUGACUAUGAGAAUGGAUUGAAGACCGUCUUCAUCGGCGAACUCCUCUACUUCACCACAAACCUCCUCGUCAAGCUCUCCAUCAUCUUCACCCUCUCCCGCAUCAUCACAACCCCAGCGCACCGCCUAACCCUCUACAUCCUCGCGGGUUCCGGAUUCGUCGUGACGAUAUUUACCUUCUUCUGGGCGGUCUUCUACUGCGACCCCGUGCGGUAUUUUUGGACACAACGGCAUGAUUUCGCUCUCGGAGAAGAGGGACCCGCAAUGGGUAGCGACGUUUCCGGAUCCUGCAAGCCAAUAUCCGCAGUCAUGGCCGUGGUCAUCGUGCACGCGUCGUGGACACUCAUCGCGGAUCUGACGCUGGGUCUUGUCCUCCCCGUAUUGAUCUUAUGGUCCUCGCAGAUGCGGACUCGCGUCAAGUUUUCUGUCGGUGUGCUGCUGGGAGUUGGGUCUGUGUACGUCGACAUCUCCUCUCUACGUUCAAAAAUUGACCUCUGCAAAUAUGUAUCCCCUUACCCGUCCUUUCCCCCGCUAACAAUCAUUCCUGGCUGUACAGUGCCGCAAUCGCAACAAUCAUCCGAAUAA